UGGACUGCACAUGGACAGCAGACGUGCGAUGCUGGGGAGGUGUGUCAGGAGACGCUGCUGCUCAUAGACGUAGGAUACAAAUCACUCAUAGUGGGGAGCAAAGGCUGCAGCAGAGUUGGGCAAAAAAAUUCCCAGGCUGUCUCCGUACACUCCCGGCCUCCUGGAAUGCUGGUGGCCUCCUAUACCCGGUUCUGCUCCUCAGACUUCUGCAACUCAGCCAGCAGCAGCAGUGAGCUGCUCACCUCCCUCCCUCGGCCAGCUGCCCCUGCUCCAGGAGACAUGCAGUGUCUUGCCUGCGUGCAGUUCUCUGGGUCCUGCUUCCAGAGCUCCAGAUUGGUCACCUGCCCUAAGGGCACUACUCAUUGUUACAAUGGUGACAUUAACCUCAAUGGAGGUGGGUUCUCAGCCACAUUGAGCAUUCAGGGCUGCAUGACCCAAGCCUCAAGAUCCCUGCUGAACAACGCCCAGACUCUUGGGAUCUUCUCUGUGAAGGAAACCUUUGAACAGAAGACUGAGAGUGUUCUCCCCAGUAGUGAUGCCCCUGGCCCCUCCCUGGCUUGGGCGGUGGGGCUAGGGCUACCCCUAGCCCUUUGGUGUGGGGGGCUUUGCCCUCCCUGAUAAAUCCAUUGUCCUGUGAGUCUUAACCCUUGCUGACCAUCCAACCCAGUCCUCCCACUGACCUUGAAAUGUAAUGACCUUGUACCAGAAAUUACUUCCC